AUGUUGGAUAAGGAGCAGAGCAGAGAUACGAAAAGCCUGAUUGUUACUGAGGAACUCACUCAUCCAGUUGCCAACGAUACCACAAGUACUACCAGCACCAAAAUAGAGCCGUUUUCCCCAUGUUCUUCAUACUCGUCCUCUUCCGUCGACUUGGAAGUACAGAGUCUGACUAUGUCACAGGCCAAGCACAAAUUGUUAACUGCGGCUAAUGCAGACGCCAUCGUUCCUGAAUCAUCUCCGCUUUAUUACGAUCUACGGCCCUUUGUGACGUUCAAUUCUUCUCACAGAUUGGAUACUCUUCGUAGUCUCAUGAGAAAACUGAAAUUAACUGCUUAUAUUGUCCCUUCUGAAGAUGAACAUCAGAGCGAGUACACUGCUCCAAAGGAUCAGCGUCGUAGCUUUAUCUCCGGCUUUACAGGAAGCUCCGGUGUCGCCAUUAUCACGAUGGAGUCUGCAUCUUUAGCUACAGAUGGUAGAUACUUCCUUCAAGCUGGUCGCCAAUUGGAUAAUAACUGGCAGCUUUUGAAAGAAGGUGUCUCUGGAUAUCCAUCAUGGGAGGAGUGGGUUGUCGAUGAAGUUUUGCAGGAAUUAAGAGAUUUUGAAAUUGAUCAAGGUCAUCGUGAAAUUGGAAGUAUAGGUGUGGAUCCUAGGCUUAUCAAUAUAAGUACUGGCCUGAAUCUUAAGGAGCGUUGCUUUAAUGCUAACAUCAGGUUUGCUACUAUCAUGGAAUUGAAUUUGGUCGAUAGAGUGAUGCAAUUAGAACAUUAUACACCCGAACAAGAUAAGAGUAUGAUCUUCAAGCAUGAGCUACAAUAUUCGGGUGAAACCACGUCUGACAAAUUGAUACGUAUUAAAAGCUUUAUGAAAGACCAUAAGUAUUUCAGCGUUGUUGUGUCUGCAUUAGAUGAAAUAGCCUGGCUUCUUAAUCUCCGUGGAAACGACAUCGCUUUCAAUCCUGUCUUUUUUUGUUAUGUGAUCAUUACAACUGAAAAUGUCUUGAUAUAUAUUGACCGAAGCAAAUUGACAUCUGAGAUCAAACAGUAUCUUUUGGGCUGUUGCGAAAACCUCAAGAUACUGGACUAUAAGCAAUUUUGGCAUGAUCUUCCAGGAUUGGACUCCAAUAGCGAGGAUCUUCAGACUAUCUGCACACAAACGGAGGCCAGUUAUGCCUUGUACACAACCCUACCGUCGGUUUAUGAGAUCGAAUGCAGGUCUGUACUUGCCGAAUUUAAGGGCAUUAAAAACGGAACAGAAAUAUCUGGUAAUCGGAAGGCUCAGCUGAAGGAUAGUGUAGCCCUUUGCCAGACAUUUGCCUGGCUUGAAGAACAGCUUCACAGCGGUGUGAAACUAACUGAAAUAGAAGUUGCUGAUCGUGCAACUUACUAUAGAGGUUUGCAGUCAAACUUUCGUGGUCUUUCAUUUGCCACCAUUUCUGCGUCGGGCGCAAACAGCUCAGUGAUUCACUAUGAGCCUACAGAGUCAGAAAAUGCGGUUGUGGAUUCUAAUAAGGUCUUUUUAAUGGACUCAGGUGCUCAAUUUCUUGAAGGAACUACCGAUAUCACCCGUACAUACCAUUUCGGUAAACCAACAGAACUUGAAAGGAAGCUUUUCUCACUUGUUUUAAGUGGCCAUCUAAAUGUGGCCAUGCUAGAUUUCGCUCAGGGUACAUCCUCUUACUACAUCGAUUCGCUAGCUAGGAAACCUCUACUUAAAGAGGGUCUCGGAUACUCUCACGGAACAGGCCAUGGCAUUGAUACUUACAUCUGUGUUCAUUCGGGUCCCUGUGGUCUUUCUCCCGCUAAAACUUCAUACAAUUACAAGCCAUUGGAGCCAGGUAACUUCCUUAGUGAUGAACCUGGAUGCUAUCUUGACAAUAGAUUUGGUGUAAGAAUCGAGAGCGAUGUUCUUGUGGUUUCCGAUGAGCCGGUACCAGCGCAAUCAAAAUGUGCCAACAAGCCACAGCUUCACUUUGAAUACAUGACUUUGGUUCCGUUUGGUUUGAAUUUGAUUGACAGAUCUUACUUUACGGAAACCCAAAUUUCGUGGAUCAACAACUACCAUAAGAACGUUAGAGAACAUCUCUCCCCAUACCUUGAAGCUGCAGGAGACCAAAGGGCAGUUUCCUGGCUUGAAAGAGAAACGAGGGAUAUUUAA